AUGUCGGCGCCGUGCCCGCGCCUGCCCGCCGCCGGGUCAGCACCGGCGGAGGCGGACAGCGCCGGCGGCAUGGAGCCGCCCGCCGCCGCCGCCGCCGCCGCCGCCGCCGGGGCCGCCGCCCUGGAGCUGGCCCUGGAGGAGGAGCUGGCGCUGCUGGCCGCCGCCGGGGAACCGCCGGAACCGCCGCCCGCCGCCGCCGCCCGCGACCCCGAGCUGCUGUCGCUGAUCCGGCAGAAGGAGAAGGACCUGGUGCUGGCGGCGCGGCUGGGCAAGGCGCUGCUCGAGCGCAACCAGGACAUGAGCCGCCAGUACGAGAGGAUGCACAAGGAGCUCACCGACAAGCUGGAGCAUCUGGAACAAGAGAAGCACGAACUGCGGAGGCGGUUUGAGAACAAAGAAGGAGAAUGGGAAGGAAGGGUGUCUGAACUGGAAAGCGACGUGAAGCAGCUGCAGGAUGAGCUGGAGAGGCAGCAGGUUCACCUGAGGGAAGCUGACCGUGAGAAGACACGGGCUGUCCAGGAACUCUCCGAACAGAACCAAAGACUCCUGGACCAGCUCAGCAGGGCAUCCGAGGUGGAGAGGCAGCUCUCCCUGCAGGUCCACACGCUCCGGGAGGACUUUCGGGAGAAGAACUCCUCCAGCAGUCAACACAUCGUGCGGCUCGAGAGCCUCCAGGCUGAGCAGGUCCUUGAAAUCAAAAUGCUGACGGACAGAAAGCGAGAGCUGGAGCAUCGCCUUAGUGCCAUGAUGGAGGAGAACGACCUGCUUCAGGGAACAGUGGAGGAGCUGCAGGACCGAGUCCUCAUCCUGGAGAGACAAAGCCAUGACAAGGACCUGCAGCUGCACCAAAGCCAGCUGGAGCUCCAGGAGGUGAGGCUGUCCUACCGGCAGCUGCAGGGGAAGGUAGAAGAGCUCAGCGAGGAGAGGAGUCUCCAAAAUUUCAACACAACCAGCACGUCCCUGCUGUCUGAGAUAGAGCAGAGCAUGGAGGCAGAGGAGCUGGAACAAGAACGAGAGCAGCUGAGGCUGCAGCUCUGGGAGGCAUAUUGCCAAGUGCGGUACCUCUGCUCCCAUCUCAGAGGAAAUGACAGCGCAGACUCCGCCGUCUCCACGGACUCCUCCAUGGAUGAGUCUUCAGAAACCUCAUCAGCCAAAGAUGUCCCGGCCGGCAGCCUACGGGCAGCUCUCAGUGAGCUGAAAAGACUGAUACAAAACGUGCUGGAUGGGGCAGACUCCACGAGCUCUCGGCGGAGCGACGAUGACUCCUUAGAGGAACAGAUCAGGAGAACAAGUGAGGACUCGAGAGCCCUGAGGGAGUUAAUGGAGGGAGAACGGGGGAAACUGAGGCAAAGUCUGGAGGAGCUGCAGAGGCUGCACAGCCAGGUCACACUGCUGAGCGUGGAGAUGACGACGCUGAAGGAGGAACGGGACCGGCUGAGGGGAGCUGCAGAAGACAAGGAGACGAGCGAACGGCUCCUGCAGGCCAUCCGGGAUCGGGACGAGGCCAUCGCCAAGAAGAACGCUGUGGAGGUGGAGCUGGCCAAGUGCAAGAUCGACAUGAUGUCCCUCAACAGCCAGUUGCUGGAUGCCAUCCAGCAGAAGGUGAACCUCUCACAGCAGCUGGAGGCCUGGCAGGAUGACAUGCACAGGGUCAUUGACCAGCAGCUGAUGGACAAACACCCGAAGGAAUGGAGCCAGCUUGCUUAUUCCUUCUCCAGUGGCUACGUCGCAAAGCAGAGUGCCAGACCCUCCCCUGUGCUCCGGCCAGAGCCGCAGGGGGAUGAGCCCAGUGGGGCAGAAGGGCACCGUCUCUUUUCCUUUUUCAAGAAAAACUAACUUGAAAAAGAGAAACCCCUCCAACCAUUCUUGCUUCGAGGUGGGGAGAGGGCAGCUGCCCAGCUUGCUGAUGGACCCAGCGCUGAUCCACCAGGAAUAAGAAGGGGCAAAGGAGUUAACCUUGAGACUCUGCACUAUUAACGCCGCACCUGGUCUGAACCAAAUGUUUACAUAAAUUGGAAAUUUGCAAAUUGACAUUGUGCUACUGAUGGAAAGCAACUUUUCUUAUUCUUCAAGUGAAGCGAUGAACUUCAGGGUAUAUUUUAGGCGCUUUGAUACAGUUUAGUUUCUGCUGUGAAGAAUAAUCUGAUUGAUUGUCUUAAAAGCAUUCUGAUGCUGGAGAAGGAAAUAAGCAGCCCCAAGACAAAGCAGCACGGGGGAUUGGGAACUGCCAUCACAGCGAGUGCAGGGGGAAGAAGAGAGCCCAACGCAAGAGAAGAGAGGAGUCCCUCAUACAGCCCUCCAGGCCUGGCAACUGAUGUCCUUCAUCCAUCCCAACGGGAGCAGAGCUGCUCUGGUUGCAGCAUUGCCAUGUUUUGAGAAGAUGAACCCUCACUGCACAUCCUACCUGGGCACUGUCCAUGCCCGUGGCUCUGUGGAGCUGCUCACCCUCGCUGGGAACCCAGGCUCCUUGCAGGUCAGGGCAGUUGUAAGUCUGUGUCUUCUUCAGCCUGUUAGAAGAGUUGCAGAGUCUGUAGGUGUGCAAAAACAUUAAGGACUUCUCCCCAUUCCCUAUUGGCCAUCUGCAACAGAUUACAAACUGAAUAACGUUGUGGGUGUUCAGUCCUGGGGCCUCCAAAGGUCAAAGGUAGAUGUGGAACUUCAGCACGUCACACACCUUUCCCCCAAAGCCAUGUAUCCCUCCCAAAACGAGUGAGAAACCUGUUAUUGUAACAGGAUAGCCUCCCACCCAAAAAAGCCCAACAACUCAUUGAGAUCCUGUCCAUAAUGAAAUCAAAGACUUACCAAUGCUAGGCUGGCAGAUGUGAUCCUUAGAAAACACACAGGCACCUACCUUUGCUAAAGCCUCAGGCAAUUAGGGCAUCUGCAGAGCUCUGGGGAUCCUGCAGCAUGCUCCUUGCCCCCUGCAGUACCAUUAGCUGUGGCCUGAUGGAAAUGAUGUGUAUUUGUUCUGUCUACAGCUCAUUUCCCACUCAGCCCCUCAGCAAGCAGGCAGCCAGAUCUCCUCUUAACCAAAGGUGAUCAAAUCCUGCUUUGCUGCAACCAAGGCUUGACUGACAAGAAGGAAAAUAUCGUUUUUGGUGUAUGCACACAGUGGUGCUGGAAACCCUGCAAUACAUUUCCCUAUGCACCUGAUGGGCACCUUAGAGCUCUUCCCUCUAAUAGAGUCUGCCUUCACGAGACAGCGAGGCAGCCAGGCCAAGCUCAGAGCUGUCCUGCCUCCAUCACACGAUUUUCACAUGUUCUCCCAGCUCACAAUGCCCACAGACCCCAAUUUGUUUCCCUGCUGCUUCGAGGAGGCUCCUGCCUACACUGUCCUACAGGAGAUGGAACACAUACAGCUCUGCCCAGGUGCUAAAACACCUUCUUAGGGGGAGCUGCCAACCCCUGCUCCAUAUUUACAGUCACAGGCUUGCUGCUAGAAUUAGCUAUCCAACACCUCCUCCUUAGAAGCAGGUAAGAGGUUGGUGGGUUGUUGUUUAAUGUAUUUAUUUGUUGCAUCGAGCAUAUAUAAUACCUCAGUAGAAAUAUCCUUUCUGCCUACAAAGAUUUGAGCAUCCCCACGUUUCCUUAUUAGCACGGAGCUGCCACGCUGGUACAAAGUCAGUAAACAUCAGGUCAGCUCUGCAAAGAGCAAAGUGCUCUUGGGGAUGUAGAAGGAUGAGUGGUAAAACUCAUUUACCUGAAAGCAAUGAAACCUGGAUUCCAGGUCCUACCCAAGAAAUAAUUAAAGCACCAUCAACAUCAUUUGAUGCUAACAGGGAAGGGAGCCUGGAGCCUCAUCAGCAGGAAAGGAAACCAAAUGUCUCCUCCUGCUGAGCAUCUGCUUGUAUCCACUAGUGCAAGUUAAGGGAAGGGACUCCAUGCAGUGCCAAGAGUGCUCUCAGGACAGAAAACCCUCAUCCUCCCAUCAUACCUACAUUAUGACUCCCCAUAGGACAGAGACAUGAAGCACGUGCUCAGCAUCUCCUGCUGUCAGGACCCGCUCAUGCCCAUGUGCAUUAAGAAACUGAUACCUGCAGGACUAGGCAUGGAUGGAUGGACGCCAGCGAUACCUGCGAGCAGUUGUCUUACACAGCAAUUCUUUGAAAAUGACACUGCGUAUUUUUGGGAGUCAUGUGAACAUCUCAGUCCUCACAGCUCCUUAUUCUGCUAUCAGCAAUCACCUCCCGGGCCCCAGCAGCUCUCUGCAGACCACGUGCUGAGCAGCUGAGUGGGACCUUACCCCCUUGAAGAUAUCUGUCUGUCUGUAUGCAAUCCUAAGUAAAGGACCUUCAGUUACCCAAUGAAGAUGCAGUAACGAGAUGAAGAAAGGUGCCUUCUGCUACACAUUUGCUGAGAGGAAAGUGACUCAUUUGGUUGCAGGGGUAGGCAAUUGAAAUGCACAGCACAUCUCUGCGUUUAAAGGAGAAACCUACCUUAAUCCCAUUGCAAUUUUAUUUAUUUAAUAGCAGUGAUGGAAGAGAAUGCAAAAGGAAAGACAGCGCGUUCCAAGGUGCCAGUUGGGUAUGGUUUCUUCAAACUAACCCCUUAAUCCUAAAGACUUAGUUGCACUACUAAACCCAGAAAUACAAGAGAAUUGUGUUUAACGAACUGGACAACAGACCAAAGGAGACCUCCUUGUGCUGAGCUGCUACUCAAUAGGAACAGAAACUGCCUUAACAUAGCAGCUAAGCUUUGUUUCGUUUUUGUUUUUUUUUUUUUUUUGAAAACUUACUCAGUCCUUCACAUUCUUGUAUGUCAUGUUGUGUUUUAAGGUCCCAACUAUUUCACCUUGAACUGUCAUUGAAGCACUCAUCCCUUUCUGUAGAGGCCAGGAACCUGGAACUGUCCUUGCAGGGCUGGGUUAGAAGAUGCUCCACUUGUGAUAGUCUAUAUUUUAGGAUACACAUGGCAUAAAGAAAACAUCAGCUCCAGUGAAUGGAAUGGAGGAAGUGCAUUAAUCCAGCAGGCACUCAGGAUCCCAAAGCAGACUUAUCAAGUGGGAUCAGCAGCUCUAAAUACAACACUCACCCUUCUGAGAUGACGGUAAAUAAUCCAGUAGUGCUGCACAGUCACUGUUCAAGUUUUGCACAUGGAGAAGACACCUGCUGAGAUUAAGGUUACAAAGAACUUUCCCACAGUUGAGCAACAGGUGACUGGGCAAAUAUUUUCUGUGUUAGCAUAAGGGAAAAGGGAUGAUUCUCCCUUUAGUAAACUCUGCAAGGGAAGCAACAGUAAACAAGGAAUAUGUAAAUGAAAGGCAAGUCACUAGCACUUUAUGUUAAUUCAAACUUAGAUCAGCAACUUGCCAUCAAGAUGAAUGCUAAAUCAAUUAAUGACAACAGAAAAAUUUUGCACAGAGCAGCAAGAAGUGAGGUUAGAGGCAGUGCUGCAUGCACAAGGACUUUAUAGCUCUAUGCACUUGUCCUACUUAGAAUGGUAAAUUCCAGAUAUGCCUCUGCAGCAGGCAAACUCUCCACUCCCCACUCGGCUAUAAAAAGCAAGAUUGUUGUAACCAAAAGCCAAGAAAGGAAGCGUCUGGGUGCUGCAGUAACCGUUCCCUCAGAUUGAAAGGGAAAAGCACACAGCAGGGACAAGCAGAAAGAAUGUAUCUAUAGAUAUGUACAUAAACCACAGUGCUGUAAUUUUUGUAUGUAGCAGCAAUGUAAAUAAAUGUAUGGUUUUUAUAAGAUACAUAUUAUGAAAAUCUAUAAAGGCAUAUUUUUAGUAAAAAAACGCUCUUCUUUUGUAAAUAGUUCUCUUCAGAAUAAAACAGACCAUUUAUAUACUGUCUCAGCUCUCAAGUCACUGCUUAUCCUGCCCACCUGCAGAAGCAUCUUAGCACCUAGCAGCAUCUUUAGCACCUCAUCAUCCCAAGAAAUUCAUCCAGACAGCACUUGCAUGUGUUCUGCAGAGAACAAGGCUGGAGAAGGAAUAUUGGAGGCAUUUACACCUCCUGCUGCACAGGAAAACAGGCAAAUUCAAGUCUCCUCCACCAUCCAGCCAUCUGUAUCCUUUAGGGGCCUUUACAUGGAGGGGCAUUCAAACUUUAACAAGUUUAGAUAAAUCUCAAAUGAACAGUGAGACACGUCCCACGUGCCCCAUUUGCAGCUCAGGCCAUCUGCAUGUCCUGAAGAUUCUCCCAUCAACAGUCAUACCUGAACAAGGCAGGCAGGAAAAAAGGCAUCUUUCCAUAACACUUGGGAGUGUUUCCAUAACACUUUUCCAGGAACGAGGACCUGCCUUCAAUAGCCUGCUUGUGUAAACUGGCAACCUGCACAAUGUCAGCUGUAUAGCUCCUAGACAGAUACAUAUUAAUUGUUAUUUCAUCAGUACCUCCUUCCCCAGAA